AUCCUAACAUCAAGCAGUCAUACUCAAAAUACUGUAUAUAGAUCUUUUCGCAGUGAACUUUCAACAAACAAAAUACAGUGCUGCAGAAAUGCAAAAUUAAUUAAGUAGUGUUGAGUUAUCACUUUUCACCCGACGUCGACUGAACUGUAUACUGGUUGUAAACAGCAUGCAACCAGGAUACAAUCCAGUGCCUAGUGUGGUACAGUGGCUCGGGCAGGACUGCCGCAGGAGAUAACAACAAUCAUAGUAUGAGACACCAACAUUUGCUAUUCGUGCUCGUCGUGCACAAGUAUUUGGAUUGUGUACUUUUCGGUUUUGUUUUGUUCCUGAAUUUUAAACGUAAUUUUGUACUAUACUGUGCAGCGCCCAGCCAGUUUUAUAAUAUUCACUAUUAUUCAGUAGUCAGUACGAAAGCUUUUGGCAUGGUUUUUACUUUUUACUGCUCCAGUAGGUUUCGAUGCUAAGGAGUUUUAUGAAUCCAGACAUCCAGUCACCUGACAGCCUGACAACUUCUUCGAGGCACACUGCGCAGCACGGAAACAGGCAUUUCAGCAUUCCGCAUCGACGCCAACCAUGGACAGCAAGCUGGAGGUGGUGAUCUCCAAGAACACUCCAUGGUCGCGUCUGCCACAGGAUAUUCGCCAGCAUUUCGGAGGCAACGAGCGGGAAUAUAAUCGUUUUGUUGUGCAUUUUGCCGUUCAGCGCCAGAUGAAAUGGGAUGGACUGGGAAAAGGGAUGGACAAAGGCCAAGUUAGACUGCAUCCAUCGUGGGAAGACGAAUUCGUCCAAACGAAGAAGGAUGCGGAGGAGACCGGUUCGUUAACCGAUAUGGGCACCGUGGAUGAACGCUCCGCUUCUCCCUCGGCGAGUCCGUUGCUGAGUAGUGUUGACGAUGAACCGGUGACGCCCGGAUUGGGACCGGUGUCCAAGAGGAUUGGAUUCAUGUUCGAUUCGACGCUGACGGCCUUCCUAAUGAUGGGAAAUCUCUCUCCGGGAUUGAAAAAUCAUGCCGUGACCAUGUUUGAGGUUGGCAAACUAGCGGAUGAGAGCAUUGAUUCUUUAUUGGGCGAACUGGAAAAGGUGAUGAUUGAAGAAGAAAUCCAGGGUGAAGCGAAACGUUAUUUCGAUCAUGCGAUCAACCUGCGCAAACUGUUACGCUUUUUGCGUCAUAAUCCUGCAUUGCAUAUCGGUGAUCCUGUUUACGGCGAUGUGGGGAAUGGAUUAGGGUUGGAUUUGCUGCGCUGCGAAAGUUUACGUGGUUUGGACAAGGCAUCAUUAAAUCGAGUACUCAAGAAAAAUUACUCAUUAUUGGUGUCCCUGGCGCCUAUGAGCAACGAAGCCCGUCCUGUUUGCCCUCUCAUUCCGCCGCACAUCGGCAGUCCGGUGCCGGAAGCCCAUACGAUUUGGUUCAAACUGUAUAUUUACAGUCUAGCCGCAUCGCAUCCAUUCACCGUCGUCUACCGACGGGGUGAAGUUCUAAGAACUUUGCCAGCACAGUUUUACAAAUAUGAGUAUUUAUUACUAACUCCAUGGGGUCACGAUUCCUCUGUCAUUCCGUCCAGCAUCGCCCUCGCGUUGACCAACGACGCCCUGAAACAUCAUCCCAUCAUGCUGCAAACGUACGGGAACAUUCAGGAUCCACAGCUCAUGUACGUGCCGUUUCCUCGAAAAUCAGCGGAGAAUGUGUCACCAUCCAGCUUCGAAUCGCAUCCAGCGGUGCUGGCUUUGCGGAAGGAACUGCAGCUGGAUGUAACCUGUGGAUACAUCACCCUGCUGAACAUGUCGUACCAACGGAAGAAUGGCGGCGCCAGUGAUGCGGACAGUGUCGGAGAAGGCGACGUUGCGGCCCCAAACGAGCCCAUGGAAAUGGUGAACGCGGAUGACUGGGUGUUACUGGAUUGCUCGUACGGCAUUCCGGUGUUUUCGGCCACGUUGUGCGAUGAGAUCUGUCGGCGGAUUGUGGACAAUCAGUUGUUCUCGCACGAGAAUUUGGAGAGAGUGGAAAGUGAGAAUCGGUCCACCUCGGAGAAGUUAUUAGAGUUCAUUAUCAAGCAUCAGGAUAUUCCUCUGCAAAUUUCCUCGGCUUUGGGCCCGCUGAUCUUAGAGGAGGAAGGAAAAGAAUACAUCCCUCUGCCCACACACAACCUCGGCGCUUCCGCUGCCAUUUCCGCGCUGAAAGCUGCAAGAUGAAUGCCGUUUAUCAUGCAUCACAUCAAAAUGGAGAUUUUUUUACCCGUUCUUUAGUGUGCAGUGCAGCGGGAUACAAAUUGGUUGUACAGAUAUCUGUGCACAUUACGUAUUGGACAGAUUGUUUGAUAUAUUUAAAUUCCGGUGUCGGCGAGUUCAUUUCAGAGAUGUGUAAAGUAACAAGUUAUUGAAAAAUUUUGCUGGUUGAUCUGCCUUUGAUAUUGAGAAAAAAAACAUCGCGAAACUAGCGAUCGAUGUACCGAUUGUACCAGUUCGUUGCAGAUCUGAUUCGUUCCAUAUCGAAUG